AUGGCUUCGUUCCCACCCAACCCACCGGCGGUUUCCCCGAAAACACCCCUAAACUUCUCUCUAAUACCGAGCAUGUCCGAGAUAAUGGAGUCGUCCAGAGCCCAGGGGCUCCGCCUCCGGCUCCGGUCCCUGGGGCCCUUCUUCCGGGUCCGGGCGGAGGGCGAGGGCGGGGCGGAGCUCGGCAGGGCAGAGGGAGUAAUUAGGCCGUGGCUCAAGGGCAAAGUUCUGCACUUGGACUCCAUGAGGAUGGCAAGGGAGACGCUCGCCAUGGACCGGUCCAUCUUCGGCCUGGGCCUCUUCCUCGGGGCCGUCGCGGUCCGGCAUGGGUUCGACCGGGGUUGCACCCGAGCAGAGCUCCUCGCCAUCAACGACUCCCCUCUCUAUCACUCCAAGCUUGUUCGGUUCUACACAAGGAUGGGUUUCAAGGUAGUACAUGAAGUCGAUGGCUCGUCAAUGGGAGACCUGGCUCAUAUGUUGGUGUGGGGAGGUAGAGGAACUAGAAUGGAUGCUAGCAUUGAGGAGCUUCUUAUGAAAUGGGGCAAAAGGUUUAAACCUCAAAGUCAAUACAGUUCCUUAUGAUCAUGUUUAUUCUGUACAUCCAAAUGCACAUUCAUGGUAGUAUCUUCUUGAGGUCAAUCCUAUCAGACAAACACAACUGGCUGGACACAAAAUCCCUGCUGCUCAAAGUGAUUAUUAAGCCAUGUCAUUUAUAAAGCAUAGAAGCAUGUUAAACUUUAAGCUGAACAUGACGCUGUUCUUUAUUCUUGAGUUGGCUGUGAUCCUGAGACUGUGAAGAAACAAGGACUUGGACCUGCAUUGCAGCCUACAAGAUGAGCAGCAUGAUGACAAAGAGGGAGCUAUUAUCGAUAAAAAUAUAGUUGCAAACAGGUGCUUCUGCUGUUCUAUUUGAGUUACGUCAGCCCUUAACAAAAGUUUGGUUGUACUAGCCAGAAUAAAUGAGACAAGGAUUGUUGCUGCUGUAAGGGGAACCUUCAAUGGUGUGACUUUUGUUUUAUUUCCUUAAAAAAAUUCCAAAAUCUUCUGACAGCAUUUCAACC